AUGCAAUUUAGAAACAUAGAAAGAACAUGGCUGGUGCUGUUUGUCUAUGACCGAAGCAUCAGUUUGCAGACCGGCAAGCCAUGGAUGAUCGAAAGGAGCAACUAUCUAGAGUCAGUAAGCAGCUGGUAUCUACAUCCUCUUGAAAUGGCCAACGACCGGCUACUUUGCGCAUUUGUAUCGCUUCGCGUUAUCACCUCCACCCACUUCGAGAUGAUGACGACACAAUAUGCUCAACAGCAACGGCAUGAAGCGUCGCGCUAUCGGUCUACGCUACGUAUGGUUGAUGCAGAAAUUGUGAAUUGGCAAAAGAGGUGGACUGGGAAAGUAUCUGAGCGAGGCGAGGACUGUCAUUCAUUUCUGAUCCCGUUCUACGGCAGCUACGCGCGGCUACUCUUAUACACUUCCUCACUACGCGCAUCCAUCAAACUGAAGGAUAUUGUGACUUCUGUCGAUACAGAAGCUAUCUGGAACAGCUACUCAAGCGCGCUUGACAUGCUUAAACUCGUUUCUGAAACUUCGGCAUCUCAACUACUGUACUUCGCUCAGGACAGUGUGCAUGUCAUGAUCGCCUAUGCCGCAGUAUUCCUCAUCAAGCUCUUACUUUCAGCACCAUCAUAUAUCCGGUCCGAGAUGGAAAUGCCAGCGCUGGAUAGCAUUCGCAAUGCUGCGACAGUAUUCGAGAAACUUCAAGCGCCUACCAGCACAAGCUGCGCAUUGCAAGCAGCGUUUUUGCGCAAUGUUUCCACUCAGCACGAAGCAAUGCAGGCGCGCCAUACAUCUUCGCUUUCGCACAUACCUGCCAUACCCGCAACGCACGCCGCAGCCGCGAACCCUACGACCCACCAACCUGCGCCCACCCAUGCGCAGACUACGCAGAGGCCUGAUAUCACUCCAGCGUACAAUGAUCAGACCACCUUUGAUUCUGCGUCUGAAGACGCGUCAACCUUUAAUAUUGACUUUGUAGACGACGAAGCCUGGGCCUUCCUAUUCGCCAACGCUGGGUUUAAUAUUGGCCAGGGCGCAUUCUUGUCACAAACCUGA